AUGGAGGAAGAUGAACUCUGCUUCCCACAACUUCUCAACACUUCUUGCAGGAAGCUGAAGCGUUCAGAGUUUGAAACUGUGGUGGUUUCAUUUGUACUAUGUUUUAUUUCUUUGGUCACUGUUUCUCUCAACCUCUUGGUCGUCAUCUCAAUCUCUCACUUCAGGCAGCUCCACAGCUCUACCAACCUGGUCCUCCUCUCUCUGGCUUUCUCAGACUUUUUUGUGGGGCUAAUGAUUUUACCUCAGCUCAUGCUUUUAGACGGAUGCUGGUACGUUGGUGAUUUAAUGUGUCUUUUGUAUUAUGUUUUUGUUGCAGUUAUCACGUCUGCCUCAGUGGGAAACAUGGUGCUCAUUUCAAUUGACCGUUAUGUGGCUGUAUGUGAUCCUUUACAUUAUCCCAACAAAGUAACCCCAAAAAGAGCUCAGAUAUGCGUGUCCCUGUGUUGGACCUUCUCUCUCUGCUAUGCCAUUAUACUGCUGAAAGAUAAUUUUAAACAGCCAGGCAGGUUUAAUUCUUGCUCUGGAGAAUGUGUGAUUGAUGUUGGUGUUAUUGAACAAUCUGUAGAUCUUUUUUUAACCUUCCUUAUUCCUAUUACAGUCAUCAUAGUUUUAUAUCUGAAAGUUUUUGUGGUGGCUGUGUCUCAGGUUCGGGUCAUGCGCUCUCAUAUUUCAGCAGUCACACACCAACAUUCAGGAAAAACCAUCAUGAAAUCUGAGAUUAAAGCAGCCAGGACUCUUGGAGUUGUUAUCGUUGUGUUUCUCAUGUGUCUGUGUCCAUAUUUCUGUGUCACAAUUGUAAAACAGGACAACUUACUCAAUACUUUAUCUUCUGCCCUUGUCUUGUGUCUUUUUUAUUUCAACUCUUGUCUAAACCCGGUGAUUUAUGCAUUUUUCUAUCCUUGGUUUAGAAAAUCUAUAAAACUCAUUAUUACACUUCAAAUACUGAAAUCUGGCUCUUUUGACACCAACUUUCUUUAA